CCAAGGUAAUGGGUGGUGGAUAAUGAAGGAAAAGUUGGAGGAAGGAGAAAGUCGAAGGGGAGGUUCGCGCCAUCGAGGCUCGGCUUCUUCUCCGCGUCUCCCCCAUCUUUAUCAUCAAUUCACCCCACAUCUUCGUCAUCCUCCUCUACUAUCCUUCUGUCUCACGAAUCAUCCUACGAUUCCUUUCCAGACUAUCUGUGCAUAUCUUCUAUCAUCAGUACGAUCUCGAAAUGUCUGCUACGAUGGAUGCCGCGCGCCGCUUCUUCCUGUCGCCGCAGUUUGCCGUGGCGGGGGCCAGUAACGAUCGCAGCAAGUUUGGCUACAAGAUCUUUGCCUGGUAUCAUCAACACUCUCUGCCCGUUACUCCCCUCAACCCCCGCGCCCCUGAGAUCGAGCUGCCGUCGCAGACCUACAAGACGGUCGCAUCGCCCCGCGCGUUGCCCAACCCCGGCCAGACUUCCCUGUCUAUUGUGACACCUCCCCCAGUGACCCUUGCCCUUCUCAAGGAGGCCCACAGUGUGGGGAUCCCCGCUGUCUGGCUACAGCCAGGCACGUAUGAUAAGAGUGUGUUGGACUAUCUAGAUGGUCAUUUCGAGGCAGCGGUGGUGGGAGACGGUGGUGUGGGCGGCGAGGGUUGGUGUGUGCUGGUGGAUGGAGAAAAUGCGUUGAGGGAGGCCCAUCGCGAGUGGAAGGCCCAGCUGUAGUUAGGCUUCAUUCGAAAUAAAGAACUAGGAACGAUAGUAAUAAAUGCUGUUGCGGUGAACAAAGUAACGGGGAAUGAAGAAAAGGUCAAAAAAAGAAAGAAAGAGGGAGGCUGGCGGUGGCUCUUC